GGCAACUUGGGUCACUUGACAGCAAAGCUGCUGGUAGCAUCUCUAUUACCUGGCAACAGCAUCCUCUGGCAACAGCAGCUGUAUUGCUGACGUCACCAUGGAGACACUGAAGACAGUCUGCUCUCUUCUGCUUCUCCUUUAUGUUGGAGGCAUCAUGUGCAAGGCAGUGGACUCCAGCUCUGGUGAAGAGGAUGAGGGAGACCUGGAAGAGGUUGAGCGCAUGAUUGAAGACCUGGCAAAACGACCCACAUAUGAGGAAUCAAAAAGCUUUGCUAAUGAAGCGCUGGAUGACCUGGAAGUCCCUGCCCUGUCAAAUGACACAGAUGGAUCAUCGGCCAAGAGAUCCAAGAGAUAUGUAAACUCCUUCAAUGGUUACUUCUACGCCAUCUGCCCAUCCACCCAAACCAUCUCCAGGAUUUCCAGUUACCACAGUAAUGCCUAUGAAGACCGUCGGUUCAGCUUCAGCUGCAAAUCCACAUUCAGCUCCACCCCCACGUGCACUGGCAGUGGUUAUGUGAACAGCUUUAAUGGUGUUCUCUCCUACACCUGCCCUUCCAACUACGUCAUGUCAGGAGUAGCCAGCUAUCACAACAACUACUACCAGGACCGCAGGUUCUACAUCAGGUGUUGCAGAGCCCCUGGCCAUUACCACCACAGCUGCCGUUGGACCCCCUGGGUGAACUACUAUGAGGAGUACUUCAACUGGUAUGUGCCCAACUACAACUACCUGGCCGGAGUCUACUCCAUCCACCACAACUCUCCCCAGGAUCGCCGCUUCAGGUUCCUCUACUGUGCAAAAUACUGACUGCAACUAUCACAAGAAAGACCUGCAAGGUCCUGAAAACAAUGUUUCUGAAAGGGGCCUUUGUGUCCUGACUUGUGAUACUGUGUUAUCGGUCCUUUGCAUGUCCUACUUUAUUUUUUAAUAUAGGCCUACUGUCUUUCUCUACUGUAGGAAUUGUAGUUUUUAAUAUUCGUCCUACCCAAUGAUCAUACCAUGGAUGACAACCUGAAAAAGAAUGUUGAAAAUAAGUUUUUGCUUCAAUAAAUUUCUCUAAACAUAAAACUGACUGCUUACAUCUGUACUCUUUAUGAACAAACAAUUUACAAGAGAGAAUCUACACAUGGAAAAAUAUAUUACUUUUUUGCAUUAUUCCAGUAAUAGUUUUGAAAAUGAAGGGUUUCAGUUCCACCGACAGCUUGUGUCCCCUGGACAUUCACCAGGUACGGGGUACAGUGCAGUACACAAUGUAGUGUGUUCAUUAUCAACACUGAACAACAUUAUUAACACUGAAUAACAUUAUUAACAUUUUACCAAUGAAAAAUAAAAUAAACCGUCUGCUUGUAUUGCU